GGUCCUGGCAGGGGGCAGGGCCCCCGUGUAGGGCGGGGUCUGGGUGCAUAAGAGUGCUGGGCAUCCCAAAGGGAGCAAACAAUAAGAAGACCAGGAGGGCAUAGCCAUGGAUUCCCUCACGCCCCAGCCCAACUGGAACGAGAUCGUGAACCGGAAACUCCGCUUUCCUGCCCCGCUGCUCGGUGCUAUUCAGGAGGGUCGACUGGGCCUGGUGCAGCAGCUGCUGGAAGCAGCAGGGACUGAGGCAAGUGGAGGUGGGGGAGGUGGGGGGCCGCAACGCCAGCUGGAGGAGGCAGAGGACCGCUCUUGGAGAGAAGCCUUGAACCUGGCCAUCCGGCUGGGCCACGAAGCCAUCACUGACGUCCUGUUGGCCCAGGUCAAAUUUGAUUUCCGGCAGAUCCACGAGGCUCUUCUGGUGGCGGUGGACACAAACCAGCCCGCAGUAGUGCGCCGCCUUCUGGCCAGGCUGGAUCGGGAGAAAGGCCGCAAGGUGGACACCAAGUCCUUCUCUCUGGCCUUCUUUGACUCGUCCAUUGAUGGGUCCCGUUUUGCCCCCGGGGUUACACCGCUCACCCUGGCCUGUCAGAAGGACUUGUAUGAGAUUGCCCAGCUGCUCAUGAGUCAGGGCCACGCCAUCGCCCGUCCCCAUCCCAUCUCCUGUGCUUGCUUGGAGUGUGGCAAUGCCCGCCGCUAUGACCUGCUCAAGUUCUCCCUCUCCCGGAUUAACACCUACCGGGGCAUCGCCAGCCGUGCCCACCUCUCCCUGGCCAGCGAAGAUGCCAUGCUGGCUGCCUUCCAGCUCAGCCGAGAGCUCAGGCGUCUGGCCCGCAAGGAGCCCGAGUUCAAGUUUGUAGCUCAUCCCAUCUGCCAGCAAGUCCUCUCCUCCAUCUGGUGUGGAAACCUGGCCGGCUGGAGGGGCAGCACCACAGCCUGGAAGCUCUUUGUCUCCUUCAUCAUCUUCCUCACCAUGCCCUUCCUCUGCCUGGGCUACUGGCUAGCACCCAAGUCAAAGCUGGGUCGUCUGCUGAAGAUCCCAGUGCUCAAAUUUCUAAUACACUCGGCCUCCUACCUAUGGUUCCUCAUCUUCCUGCUGGGAGAGUCACUGGUCAUGGAGACUCAGCUAGGCACCUUCAAGGGUCGCAGUCAGAGUGUCUGGGAAAACUCACUGCACAUGAUCUGGGUUGCAGGUUUCCUGUGGUUCGAAUGUAAGGAGGUGUGGAUUGAGGGGCUGCGAAGCUACUUCCUGGACUGGUGGAACUUCCUGGACGUGGUCAUCCUGUCCUUGUACCUGGCUGCCUUUGCCCUCCGAGUGCUCCUCGCGGUGUUAGCCAGGCUGCACUGCCAGGAUGCCCCAGAUGGCGCUGCCUGUCGCUACUUUACCACAGCUGAACGCAGCGAGUGGCGCACAGAAGACCCCCAGUUUGUGGCUGAAGUCCUAUUUGCCAUCACCAGCAUGCUCAGCUUCACCCGCUUGGCCUACAUCCUACCUGCUCACGAGUCCCUGGGUACCCUGCAGAUCUCUAUUGGCAAGAUGAUUGACGAUAUGAUCCGGUUCAUGUUCAUCCUUAUGAUCAUCCUAACGGCCUUUCUCUGUGGCCUCAACAACAUCUAUGUGCCCUACCAGGAGACCGAGAGGCUGGGCAACUUCAAUGAGACGUUCCAGUUUCUCUUCUGGACAAUGUUUGGUAUGGAGGAGCACAGUGUGGUGGACAUGCCCCAGUUCCUGGUGCCUGAGUUCGUGGGCCGUGCUCUCUAUGGCAUCUUCACCAUUGUCAUGGUCAUCGUGCUACUCAACAUGCUCAUUGCCAUGAUCACCAACUCCUUCCAGAAGAUCGAGGAUGACGCUGAUGUGGAAUGGAAGUUUGCCCGCUCCAAGCUCUACCUAUCCUUCUUUCGGGAGGGCCUGACACUACCUGUUCCCUUCAAUAUCUUACCUUCACCCAAGUCCUUCUUCUAUCUACUCAGGAGAAUCUUCCGAUUUUUUUGUUGCUGCUGCUGCAAGACCAAGGGGCCUGCCUAUCCUCCCAUCCCCACUUUUGCGAACUCUGGGAUUGGGGCUGGGACUGGGGACGGUGAGGGUGGCUCCUAUCGGGUCCGAGUCAUCAAGGCCUUGGUGCAACGCUACAUUGAGACCGCAAGGCGCGAGUUCGAAGAGAGCCGUCGGAAAGACCUCGGUAACCGACUCACAGAGCUGACCAAGACCGUGUCCAGACUGCAGGGUGAGGUGUCCGGUGUCCGGAAGACACUGGCCGAUGGUGGACCUUCCCGGCUCCCUGAUGGUGCCAGCAUCCUGAGCCGCUAUAUAACUCGUGUCCGAAAUAGCUUCCAAAAUCUCGGACCCACCAUCCCCGAAACCCCUGAAUUGAGAGGAAGAGAGGAGGAAAUGGGGCUUAUAGUGCCUGAGCUAAUAGGGACACAGAUCCCUGGGGAAACGGGGACCCAGGAGUCCAGAGCCCCUGAACCAGGAACCCAAGAUACUGACGAACAAGCUCCUCAGGAAGGGGAAAGGGCUGGGAUCCAGGCAUUUGGGGGCUCCUACAAAAUUUCUUCUGCCCAGGUGGUGAUUCACAGGGGGUUUGGGGAAAAGGGAGAUGUGAAUCUGCCUCCAGAGGAAGGUCCAGUGGCCGAGCAUGAUCCCCCAGCCCCAGGAGCUAAAUAAAGUAGCCUGGGCAUCUUCUGACCUAACCUUGGGCCACCUGGACAGCCAGAUCUAGGAAGAAGUGCUGAAGAAAUCUCCCUUUCCUUCCCUAGCCCAAGUGCUUCACUGCCUUAAUAAAAUUACAUA